CACUAAACGCGAAACAAACAUGGAUAAAAACUUUUUGGAAGUCUCCCCAAAAUCUUUGUCGAGAAGUCCGCAUGGAUUAGCAUUUGUCACCUCUGUAGAUGGCAGAGGGAUUUUUUCUGUUUUUGGAAUUUUUCAGCUAAGAAAAGGAGUGCAAAGAGGAGUACGAACAAUCUACGAGUUCGCCGGAGCACUCUGCUUUGUCGGCGGUAAGGUCAUUGACGCUUUCUUGCAAAAAGACAUCAAUGAAACCCAGUUGAAGACCUACAUUCAGAGCUAUAUAAAGUUGGCAAGCAAGAGAGUGCCUCUCGCAAGAGUUCCAGCGAAAGAUGUCGCCAAACUCUUCAUGACUCAAUGCUUUACGAAGCAGACGAAUUCAGGCCCCUUUAACGAAGACCUUCAAGAAGUUAUAGAGAUUUUUAAAAACGCUGGCAACUUCGCUUCCACCGAAACGGAGGAAGAAUUCUUAAAAUCACAACUCGGAGAAACGUUAAAGGGGCCGAAAUUUGCUCGACUUGAUUCAAGAAGACCUGAGUUCUCGUCUUGGUGGAUUGAAUUCUCUGAGCUUACGCAUAUGGAAUGUCCACAACCAGAUAAAAUCAAGCGGGAAAUUGUGCAAGAGAAGAAAAGCAAAAACAAAGAAAAGGAGGAUUCGGGACAGAAGUGGCGAGUUGAGGUAGCGCAAAGGCUCAGCGUUCGUGAGAAUUAUGUGCGAUUUGCGGGAAUUGCGAGGCAUAUGGUUUACUGGUUUAUCUACAGAGGAGGGAAUGACAAGAUUGCAGCGACGUUUGUUGUGGCGCAUUGUGGAAUCUUUGAAGCUCACCGCAACGGGAAACACUUGACGCCAGAGAACCCUCUUCUUGGUCUCUUCGUGGACAAGACGCAUCUGAAAUGCGACGAGUUCGGCACAUGUUUCGGGCAAACGAGAGUUCCUUUAAAACUAACAUCUUCCAGGAAAACUUGCAACCUUUGUAACACACCCGCAGAAAUUUCCGGGAGGAACAAUCUACUCACCUGCUGUGAUGAUUCCGGGAAUUUUAAACUCGGCAACGAAUUAACGCAAGCUAUUCUCGGAAAUUUAAUCUACAAUUACAACAGAGAGAAGCUCUCGGAUGAAGUGAUGCUCCCUUUAGAAUACGUACUUCUAGACGCAUUGAAUUGCUUCUUUGCGCAUGCACUUAAUUCUCUCUACUGGUUCUUUAAGCCUAACGGAGCGGUCGUGCGCGAACUGGUUGAUUUUUUGCUGAGGUCGAUGAAGCAGAGACUCUGUUCCCCGCUUCAAAAACUCCUACCUGUGAAGGAUGUGGUAUUCAAGGCCUUACAACAACAUUGCGCUACAACAGUCCCAGAGUCAGACUUAGAGAACAUUGCCAACCUGUUUGCGGCGAGUUAUGACAAUUGUCUUGCUCUUGGGGAACCUAUGCUUACAGGGCCCAUCGAAGGAUUCGACGCCAAGCCAGAGUGGGCUUUUAACAUCGCCCUGUGCUCACGUAUCGCCAACAGCAUCAGACAGAAGUGGAAAUUCCUGUCUUCAACAGACAAGGAAAAGCUCUUGUCGUUUAAAAGAGAGGUGGUCACUGAUUUAGUACAAGACACGUUCAGGAAAACUAUGGCGAUGAUAGUCCGAGUUCGCUGCAAAGAGAAGAGCAUGAGCAUCAAAGGCUCCUCUGCACCUUUUCUCGCGUGCCAAGACCAUCGCUGCGCAUGUCAUAGCCUGAGUACCUUCCAGUUUAACUUUUUGUCCAAUUUACCAACGGCCUCCCGUGCCAAGGAAUCACACCUAGUGUACAAGCCAAGUGGGUGUGGCGAUGGCGAGGGGAUACUCACGCUAAAUAGUGUGUUCUACAUGGAUGACGAAGGUGAUGCUUUGCAUGAGUUUAUUCGCCUCGCGAACGAAGAGGUUUGGGACUCAAUCGAAGAACUAUGCCAGUCUUUCCAGUGCGAGCGCUUGCAAUUUCUACACUACGCCACGUACAGGAGACUGGUUCUCGCUUUCAAGAUGAAGAUCAUUCAGGAAUACGGUGACAUACAGCUGUUACCGGAAACUACGAUACUUGAUGCGGCUCACUUCAGGGAGUCCUGUGGAGGUUGCGGCUGGGAGGAGAAUGGGCCCGAGAGGUUGUAUCUCUGCGGCGGCUGCUUGGGAGUACGUUACUGCAGUUCGUUGUGUCAGCGGCGUCACUGGGAAGAGGAACACAGGCGUGUUUGCACCGGGGAAUACUCGGACAAAAUAAAGGUGACAGAGGCAGUGGUUGAAGUAAAUUGACAUGGAACUCUGUACAAACUUGAAUAGCUCGUUUUCGUAAGACGUAUUUACACCUGCUAGUAACUAUACUCAUCGACGUUUUAGGUACUUAUCUUAUGCCCGCGUCUAUUUAUUUUGUGUUAUUCUAAACUAAGACCUUUAUAGCCAUAUCUGAAUUUUGUUAUUUCCCUAAAAAAAUCGCUAAAAUCAGUACAUAAAAGAAAACUUAGAGA